AUGGUCAAAGCAUAUCCAGUUGAAGAGGAGUAGUAUCAACAUAGCAGAAAUAAUUAUGUAUUGAAUAGAAACUGACUGAAAGAAGGUGCUGGAGGUGAAGAAGAGUUCUUAUAUUGACCAUCACAGGAUGACAAGUUCACUCCCUGUAUAUUGAGCCAUAUUUUGCUAAGCUUAUAGUGAAGCUGCUGAUAGAGGCUUGAAGAUUUGCAAUAGGAUUAGGAAAAAAAGCUUAAGACGCACAGCAAAGGCAAACCAGCCUGGUAUGUCUGAAGCACCCUCUACCAAAAGUCAUCUUUGUCACCAAGGAAACAGAACUUUAAAACUGAUACAAAAUCUGGGAACUUUAAAAGCUGAAAGGGGCUUAAAAAGAACUAUAGACACCAUACCUCAAUUGUAAACGAUAACUGUGCAUCUACUUUUGUCUGUAUUGGAGGUUCAUAGAAGAAGGAAUCACCGUUGUCUUAUACUCUGACCUCAACUCAAGUCCAAUCUUCAGAAUGACCCUGGGGAUCCCAAAUUCAAAUGUCAACUUCUCCAACAACAGCCUUCCUACACAACAGCCCAACCAAACAAAUAACUAUGUGGAAAUUCCAGAAGAGCUCUUCCUGACCCUUUGUGUGUUCAGCUUGCUAGAGAACAUCAUGGUGGUAGUAGCUAUUAUGAAGAAUCACAAUUUGCACUCCCCUAUGUAUUACUUCAUUUGCUGCCUAGCUGUGUCUGACAUGCUUGUUAGCAUCAGUCACCUUGGAGAGACUUUAAUCAUGGUCCUCUUAAACCAUGGACUUCUGAAAGUCGAGCAACAUAUGCUCAAACAGAUGGACAACAUUUUUGACAUGAUGAUCUGCUGCUCACUGGUGACAUCCCUUUCUUUUCUUGGGGCUAUUGCAGUGGACCGUUAUAUAACCAUCUUCUAUGCCUUGAGAUACCACAGCAUUAUGACUUUAAGAAGUGCAGGAAUUGCUAUAGCUAGCAUCUGGCUGGCCAGUACAGUCUGUAGCAUCAUCUUCAUUAUCUAUCAUGAAAGCGACGCAGUAGUGCUUUGUCUCAUUGUUUUCUUUCUUUUCAUGCUGGCUUUGAUGGUGGCCUUGUAUAUCCACAUGUUUCUUUUGGCAAGACGUCAUGCACGUAGCAUUUCUGCUUUGCAAAAGGGUAAAAGGAGUAGGAUCAAUCCACACCUGGCCAGUGCAAACAUGAAGGGAGCUAUCACCCUCACAAUGCUAUUGGGAAUCUUCUUCCUUUGUUGGGGACCCCUCUUCCUCCACCUCACCCUGUUUGUGUCCUGCCCAAAGAACCCUAUCUGCAACUCUUACUUCAGAUACUUUCACUUCUACCUCAUUCUUAUUAUUUUUAACUCUGUCAUUGAUCCACUUGUUUAUGCUUUCAGAAGUCAGGAGCUGAGGAAGACUCUGAAGGACAUUAUUUUGUGCUCUUGGUGACAAGGGGUGUAAACUAAAAAAACAGCAUGCAACAAUUGAACUCUUCUUUGUCCUCCUUUAUUCUCCAAAACUCAGAAAAACAAACCAUAAGAGAUGCCAAUACCACUGGAAACUAUUUCCAUCAGAUCAAAAACAUUUUAAAUGAUAUAAAUACCAUGUAGAUGAAGCAAUAAUAGAUUCAGUCAUGCAUAAAUGUGAUAUGUAGCUUUUUUGUGCAGUUCUAAACAGAAUAUGGUUACGAUAAAGGUUUGUAUUAUAAAUCCCUGAGUGAUUUAUCUAUCUUCCACCCUUUUGUCUGUCUAUCUAUCUGUCUGUCUGUAUUUAUACACACAUAUAUUGCACAGUACAAUAAAUAAACCAGCUUCACGUUUAAGGUGAUGGUAAACUGUCCCCUUUAUAAAAUCAGAUCCAGAAUGUUAGUGAUAUUUUAGAUGGAGUUUCAUUUAUCAGUUGUAAUGAA